AUGUCGGGCAACAACGCUGUUAUUGACGCUGGAUCGCAAUCCUACCAUCACCUAUUCACUCGAAGAAAGCCUAAGGACAAGGAGGAAUACCUCGGCGUUACCCGUCUUGCAAGUGAUGAUCAGAGCAUUGAAGGUCUCCCCAAGGCAACACCUCCUUCCCGAGAUGAUGGCAAGGCACAAACUGGAGUCGCCGCUACGGCCUUGUUACAGUUAAGUGUGGAGGAUAUCGCAAACUCAAAGGAAGCGUACACAAUCGAGGACGCCAAGCUGAAGAGUGAAGCCGAUGCCCGAGCGAGGUCUACGCUGAGUAAGCAGGACUCGACACGUGCAGUAUUGAACCAGAUGCGAACUGAACUUCAAGAGCUACAGGCACAAGACGCAGCGUUACCACCUCAAAGUCGCGUCGACUCGGAGGAGUGGGAGAUUGAUCUGGACUAUGGAGAUCUGUUGACUCGACAGGGCGAUGAGGCGUGCGAUGAAGCGCGCAAGGAGCUUGCGUUUGCAGUGGAGAAAGAGGAGCUUCUACUGCUUAAGAUGCGAGAGACGUACGUGGGUCCGCUGGCUGUAGAGCUGCUGACGUUGCGUGCGUUUGAAAGUGGAUUAAGUGUCCAGUCCUUCCGCACCAUGAAGAUGCCGGCAACUUUACAGAAACGACUCGCAGAGAUCCACACUGCCGACGCUGCUGCCAAGAAGCAGCCAUCUACUGGAGCGAAGACUGGUCCACCUAGACGAGCGUCGGUAUUAGAUACCAUGGAGAAGGACACUGCGCUGGACGAGGACUUUCCCUUAAAAGAAGACGAGCGACGUAAGCUCAUGAGUCAUAACGAUCCUGCUGUCGGUGGGAAUUGCGCAGCAUCAAGCGGUCUGACAGCAGUACAGGAGACUAGUGGGUCAAAGUCCGUUCACGGCUUCGAGGCGCGCAAACGACUGCGCACGGAGCGAAAGGAGAGACUGGCACGCUGGCAGAGCAACAAACCAGGCGAAGAUGCCGACGAUCCCAGAGACGUGGUCGCGAUCGCCUUUGCUCAACGCAACAUGGGCGACUACAAGCUGAAAACGGCUGCAGACUACGUGGUUCCAGAACAUCAGCGUGUCAACGCAGUGAAGAAAUUGAGGCAGAUGGCGCUCUUGGAGGAGAGUCUGUAUGCCGCACGCUUGCGAUUCAACGCCAAAGUGCUGGAGCUUCGCGAGUUGAAGGUGCAGCUGAUCAACGAGCUGCAUCGCGACCAGGAACGACUAGUCGAACUUCGAGCCGCAUUAGCGUCCAGCGGCGCAACACCAUCCAGCGUGUCGUCCAAAGAUCUAGUUGUGGACCUUCGCGAGUGGCCGGAGCAGCGGGAGCGCGUAAGCGACGCCGACAUUGAGCUCUUCCUUCGAGGGCAGAAGGUGAUAUCACACGUGCAGACUCAGACUGGCGAAGCGCACUUGGCAUUGACGCGCAUCGGUGGGGCUGAGAAGCGUCCGCAAUCAGCAGAUCGAUCCAUCGCUGCCGUCGCACGAGCUCUGGAAGGAACGUCGGGAAAGGAGGCUGCAAAGGGCGUCACCAUUGGCCAUUUACAUCUGCAGAUGGACGACGAAGCGCUACUGCUCGAGCGCAAGCAGCAACGCGAGAUAGCGUCGUUUGACGCUGCUGUGGCUCACCUCCGUCAUGAGAAACUCGCUCUCGAGGUCGGCUUCAAGCAAGCGGAACUUCGGCUGUUCACUCUCCUUAGCGAGUUGUCGCUACUUGAGUCGUUCGAGAGCAAGGAAAACCUGUUGAGCAGUAAGCUCGAGAAGAGUAAAGGGGAAAAGGCGCAGAUUGUGGCGGACCUGCGCGAUGUCCAAGACCUGCUGACCAUCAAGAAACGCGAUCUGGAUGAAUGGGCGCGACAGGAGAAGGCUGUGCAAGUAGAGUUCCUGACGCUUGUGAACGGCGGCACGGGGUCAACAAGGAAGAAGGGAAAGAGCCUGCCCAGUGCGAGAGACGGCGAGGAGCAAGAAGACGACGAUGAAGAAGAAGAGGACGAGGACGAAGACUAUGACGAAGAUGACGACGACGAUGACGAAGAAGAAGAGGAUACUUGUCCGUCUGGAUGCGACUUGACUCUGUACGAGAAGGUGUUGGCCCUGCGUGAGAAGCGUGUCGAUGUAGACGACGCCAUGGGGGAGCUGAACAAGGCGAUCGAAGAGCUUCGGAAGGCCGGAGAGCGUCAGACAGCCAAGCAACGUGCGAUCGACAAGGAGCUGGCUGCGACGGAGCAGGAUACGCAGCAGUUCCAGAGUGAAAAGCAGUCGCGCUUCAACCAGCUGGACGUCGUAGUGCCGCUCAGUACGCGGCAACUAUGUUGUCUUGAAGCUCCGUCUCCGACUCGGCAAAACUGGACGCUACCUGCUCAAGCUGCUGGCUGCCUCGUGUUCACCACUCGCGCCUUCUCUGCGUUGUCCGAGCGUAUCGAGUCGCUGCAAGCAGAGAACAAGAAGCUGCGUCAACAGUUCCGAGACCUCCACAAGCAGCAGAACGUGCUUGCUAAGGAGAAGCGUCAACAGCAAGAAGCCAUUGCAAGAGCUCAGGACCGCAGCGAGCAGCUCAUGCGACUGAAAUUCGGACAGCUAGUGGACCUGGAGGUGCUGGAUCGCGCUUGUGACGCGUCUUCGGUGGACGAGCUGCAGACUCGCGUCAAGUUACGCGAGGUCGAAGGUGAGCGAGCGCUGCGUCGUGCCAAGCAGACGCACCCGCAGCUGCAACACGCUAUUCUGCAGGCGACCGAGCAGAACACGGCCUUGUUAGCUCAGAUCGCUGCACUCACGGAGCGUCAGGCUGAACUGGAACGCGAACUCAAUCGCCAUCAGGGUGGUAGCAGUAGCAGUUGGGACAGUGGUGGUGUACUCAGUCUUGACGACGACGAGGCGUUGGCUGAGCGCGAGAUGAAGGAGCGCAACAAGCUCGUGCGGCUGGUGAAGCUGCAGGCCAGAGAAGUUGAAGCGCUCAAGCAGGAGAUUGGACUGCUGCGCGGCAAAGAUGGAAAAGUGUAUGCGCCUCGAGGGUAG